AUUUUGCAUUUGCUUGGCAAGUAUAUAUGUGGCUAGAUUUUUCAAAAUGUUUAGUGUAAAUACACCAUAUUUUUCAGAUUUAAUUAUACUGACGUAUAUAUGACAAAUAAAUCUAAGUGGAAUCUUUAAUGUGAAUGUGAAUUCGAAAAGUUCAGUAUAAAUUGAUUGCACAUAAACCGACACACUAACUUAUCAGCACCUUUGAACAUUAUAUAUCUGUGAUGGUGAAAAUCUCUUUGUUUGUAUAGUAGCAUUGUUGAGAUAUAUAAGCUAUCAGGUAAACAGAUGAUCUAGAUUUUUCCAAUUUGUUGAUAUUUACUUCUAACGUCGAAAAAUCUUGUUUUUGGUGUUUUGGGACUCCGCAGCACUGAGAACCCAUAAUCUCACACGAGGUCGAACCAUGCAUAUUUCAGUUGGUUCAACAAGCAUAUCAAUGUUUCGUCGAAUUGUUCGCAAUUGUAACUGAGGACAGUUAAUGGUACUGACUGGUAUUUAACAUGUGUUAUUGAUGGGUGGCUUUACUCAGCACGGAAGAGCUUCCUAAAAAAACUUCAAGAAAUUCAUUUUAAUCAAUUUACUAGUGUACACAUAAAUGCUAUUUAAUUUUGUGACUUUGUUUAAAUCUGCCUCAUCUUUGGGAUAUUGUCAAUUACUAACUGAUAUCAUCCAGUGAAACGCUAAAAUCCGGGAAACGUCGGAAUAAUGCUUCAUCAUAAUUUACACGAUGCAUACGAUUAUUAUUAUUGUCUAAGAAAAUAAUGUCAUUAAAUUGAAAUAUAAUGUCUCAUUUAUCAUCGUACUAAUACCUGAACUUUAGGAAAGAAUUAUAUUGAUAAAUUGUCAAAAUGUCAAACUCUUGAUAUACUAUUAGUCAUUCGAUCACAUGUAAAUAAUUUCAAUCAACGAGAUGCUAUUCGUCAAACAUGGGGAAAUCAACAAUGCUAUGAAAAUUUUGGUGUGUUUAUUCGUAUUCUAUUUAUUUUAGGCAAACAAGACGACAAUAAUGAUAAUGUAUUAAAUUAUUUUAUACAAAAUAAAAAUAUUCAUUAUGACAAUAGUGUGGGUAACAUUGGAGUAUUACAAAUGCUACACUAUGAGCAUUUUAUGCAUCGUGAUAUUAUACAAUUUGACUUUAUUGAUAAUGAUUCUAAUUUAUUGAAUAAAUGGAUUGGUAGUAUUGAUUUUAUUGUAAAAUAUUGUAUGAUUACUGAAAAAUCUUUUACUCUAUUUCUAGAUGAUGAUACUUUUUUACAUCCAAUAAAUUUAAUACAAUUAUUACGUCGUAUUACACUUAGUCAAUAUAGAAUUUACGCAUCCGGUCAUGUAAAACGUAUCUCUUAUCCAGUACGUAUCCCGUUCUUGCCUAAAUAUAUGUCAUUAUCAAAUUAUCCAUUCUGUAUGUAUCCACCAUAUAUAAUUAGUGGAACAAUUAUAUUAAGUAUGCCUGUUGUUCAAUUAUUACGUGUUGGAUUUAACUAUGUUACAAAUAUUCCAUAUGAUGAUAUCCUAUUAGGAAUGAUACUAUUAAAAUUUGGUAUUAGUCCUAUUCAUUUAAAAAAUAUUUAUACAGAACAUAGUUUAGAUAAGCAAACCCUUAAACAAUUACAAUUUAUCAGUAUUCAUGGUUACAAUGAUCCUUCAAUGAUUCACUCGUUGUGGUCAACUUUAAAUAUGAAUUAUGCUUGUAAAAUAAAACUGAAGAACUAAUCAAAAGAUAUUUUAUGCUCUUUUUUAUUCGUGAAGCUAUACAAACUGACAAAGUUUUUCUUAUUAUUUCAUUUUAGCUAGUUCCGUGAUUAAAAGUGACAGAUGAACAAAUAAUUUUUUAAUGAAGAUUAGUUUUUUAAUGCACUAUUUUAUGGGUUUAUAGUCCUUUCAUAUGUAUGGCAAACAUGAUAUCGGUUACUACUCAAUUCUAUAGAAAAUCAGUAGCAGUUCGAAUAGCUCAGUUGUGACGUCUCAGAUUAUGUACAACAGGGGGUGUGGAGAAAUAAUCAUCUGAAGAUUGCAAGUAUACCAUGUUGUUAAGUGCUAACUAACACGAAAAUUUGAUCCAUGGAUUCAUAUUGACCACCAUCAACCACCUUACACCAAAACAUGGUGCACAUGAUAUCAAAUUAUUUAGACUAGUGGAUGUAUUGUAACGUAGUCCAUAGACUUGGAUCAGAAUUUAGAAUUUCGAAACUGUGACAUUUUUUAAUACUCAGUGAUCAGUGAAUGAAAAUAUAACCAGCGUAAAUGAUAAUUUAAUCCUGAAUUCACAAUUUGACAUAUUUGGCUGAUCAUUUUUUUAGUUUAUUUUACAUUAGAUACAUGGCGUCAAAGCAACAUAUUUUUGGGUGGUAAAUGUUAAUGUUGUCUAUUAUUUGAUGGCAAGUGUUUUUUGGAUGCUUUUAGCUGAUACGUCGCAAUGAUUUUAUUCUAGUAAAAGAUAUACUAUUCCAUAUAUAUAUGUAAAGUGUUUCCAUAAACUGUUCUUAUACCGUUACAUUCUACUCAGUCCUUAUCAUUAAAAUUUAGUUAUGUGAAGUAUCACCUUAUUGUACAAACAAGUAGCUGAAUUUAAUCUACAUUUAAUAAAAUUUUAACUUGGAACUAAUCAAUGAAUUUUCAUUCAUUACCACUCAUUAAUUUU